AUGUUGGUAGCGGAAAACCAGCCGCAACAAGCUGGUCAAGUCGCCAAGCCUCCGGCCGACAUGAAAGAGCCCAUCAUCGAAGCACACGCCGAAGUCAUGGACAUGAACAUUGGCUACUGCCGAUACGGGCAUGGUCCUUACGUCUUUCUAUUUAUUUGCGGGGGUGUUGGUGAGUGCUUUUCUGGGAUUUUAAGGCAGUUCUUCUUCAUUUGAGGUAGGGUAGGGAAAAAUAAAAUUUUAGUUGGGAGGGAGGGGGUAGAUCCAAAAAUUUUAAAAAUUUAAAAAUUUCAGGAUGCUACAAAAAAGACUUUCCAGAGGGAGUGCUAAGAGCCUUCGAUCCCGAUUUCGCCACAAUCAUCGCCUUUGACCCGCCCGGCUAUGGCGAAAGUCGCCCUCCAGACCGCAAACAAGAAGUUCAACUCAACAAAAAAGAUGCCAAAGUUGGUAUUGCCCUCAUGAAAGUGAGUUCAAAUUUUCAUUUUUUGAAUGUUUAGUGUACUAAAAUGUCAUUUUUGAAAGGGGCGGGUAUUUUUUGAAAAAUUUAGAAAAAUUGGUUUGGAUAUGUUUUAUCGUAUAAGAUGUCACUAUUUUUAAACAGAAAAAAUUUUUUUUAGUCUUGUGCUUAAGCUAGGACUUAGGCAGAGAUAAAUAAGGGUUUUUUGUGUCAUUCAGAGCCUGAAAAGCAUUGAUAAGAAAAAUUUUUGACAAAAAUCGGUCUGGACACGUUUCAUCGUAUAACAUGUUACAUUUUUUAAAAAACUGUAGUUUUAAAUAAAAAAAUUAAUUUUACAUUGAAAAUUAAUUAAAAAUAUUUUUUAGACAUGUUUUAAAAAGUUUUCUAAUGUUUUUAACACUCGGACAUGUUUCAUCGUAUAACAUGUCACUUUUUUUGAAAAACGCAUUGAAAUAGCCAUAAAUCGGUAAAACAUGAAGUAAAAAAUCAUUUUUAAACAAAAAUUGAUUAAGUUUCAUGUCAUAACACAUUCUUUUGUAAAAUACGAGUGAAAACGUUUUUACAAAAUAAUUUUUUUUUAUUAAAAAUAUUUUAUAAAAAAAAUUUUAAGUUUUGAUUUUAAAAAGUUUUUUAAUUUUUUCAGCAACUAAACCUACUCCCAUUCACCUGUCUCGGUUGGAGCGAAGGUGGCCGCUCCGCCAUUCACUUGGCGCAGCUUGCGCCCAGAGAAUGCAACAGUCUAAUUUUAUUAUCGACCAGUACACAGAUCGACUUCCGUGGUGAUAUGGCAUUCAAAGGCAUGAGGAACACUGACCAAUGGCUGCCGAACGCCAAAGAGACCUAUCUAGCACAUUACUCGGAGGAGUUCUUGAAGGAACAGUGGGCCGCUCUUUGUGAUUUGGUGUCGAAGUAAGGUUUUUUUAAAAUUUUUAAACUCUUUUUUAGUACUUGAAGAGUGUAUAGUACUAUGUUCGGUACUUGAAGGGUUUAUAGUACUAUAUAGUACUUGGAGGGUGUAUAGUAUUAUAUUUAGUGAUUAAAGUGUUUGUAUUUGUAUAUUUAGUACUGGGAUCUUGCAUAGUACUAUAUUUAGUGCUUUAAAGUUUUAAAAUACUAUAUUUAGUAUCUGAAAACUUUUCACUUUCGUAUUUUACAAAAAAUGAAAAACAUGUUUCAUCGUAUAACAACGCAUUUAAAAAUUUUUUUUGAAAUUCAACAGAAAAUUAACUUUUUUUAGAGUGUACAAAGACUUGGGAGGUCGCUUCCCAUCCGACAUGGCCUUAAGUCAAGUCAAACAGCCAGUAUUGAUCGUGAAUGGAGGUACAGACCGAUUCAUCUUAGACCCAAAACACAUGACAGACAAGCUACAGAACUCACGGUAAGACAAGAUUUGAAAUUAAGAUGACAUUUUUUAAUAUAUGGGGGGUUUUGAAUGUAAAAUACGUUUAUUCUAACUGUUCAGUUAUACUAUAAUUAACGUAGUAUUCAGUAGGAUAGAGUACAGUAACUUUUGAUAAGGUAGGGCGAGGUAGGGUAGAGUAGGGUGAAGUAAGGUAGGUUAAGGUAAAGCAAUGUAGGAUAGGAGAAAGUAGGGUAGGGUACAACACAAUGCCAACUGGGCCAUAGUAAAAGCUUUAAGUACUCUAGGUUUUGGACAAAGCUGCAAUAGACAUUGGGUACGGUAUUUGUUGAGUACGGCGUGGUAGAGUACGGUUUGACUGGGGCUCGUGUGGGGAAUGGUAGAGAAAGAAACGAUAGGCUAAGAUACAGUAGGGCAUUUUGUGGUAAAGUAGGGCUGGGUAAGUUAGGCUAGGCUAGGCUAGAGUAUGGUAGUGUAGGAUACUGUAGGGAAGGGCAGAGUAGGGUAGGGUAAGGUAGAGUAGGGUAGGGUAGGGUAGGGUAGGGUAGGGUAGGGUAGGGUAGGGUAGGGUAGGGUAGGGUAGGGUAAGGUAGAGUAGGGUAGGGUAGGGUAGGGUAGGCUGGAUAGAGUAGGGUAGGAUAAAGUACUGUAAGGUAGGGUAGAGUAGAGCGUGCUAGGGUUGAAUAGAGCAGGUUAGUGAUUUCAAAAACAAGCUUUGUUACCUAAUUCCCACCAAAUUUCAGAGUUGAAGUCCACGCCCAAGGUGGUCACGACCUUCACAUCAAGUAUCCUCGAUGGUUCGCCAUCAAACUGACCCAGUUCGUCAAGGAGAACACCCCCAAAAAGUAA